GUCAACAUCUCCUUGCCUUCUGAUAGGCUUACUUACACCUUGUGGCAAAGAAGAAGUAGAUCGCUAGCUAGAGGGUAUAUGCUAGAAGGGAUACAGCUUUUGUCGAAUUAACGUCGUCAAAAGUUGGUUAUUCUUUUCAUUUGAUCUAAUCAUUCCAACCUGCGGCGUAAAUUCUAACCUACGAAAAGUCAAAUCUGACAAAAACUGGAUCCCAUCUAGUUCUAACCCUUAUAAUACCUACAUUGGUGAAAUUGAAAGAGAAAUUUAACGACUUCGACACUAGCUAAUAGCAUUGCUUUCCCUCGCAGAUUAACAAAACAGAUUGCCCAUCCGUCCCACCUGGUUGACUACAGCUCACCUGCCAAAGUAAUGUCAACCGCAUCUGUGGAGCCAGUGCGCUCUAUUGACAAAUCGAAGCCUGCAGAAGGCAUCUGGAGCCUACAUCAUGUGAAGGGGGACCUGUUCUCCGGUCCUGAAGAUGAGGCCCUGGCCCACUGUAUCAGCAAAGACUGCCACAUGGGGGCUGGCAUCGCAGUUAUGUUCAAGAAAAAGUUUGGUGGAGUGGCUGAGCUAAAGGAACAGAAGAAGGUGCCAGGACAAUGCGCUGUACUGAAAGGAUACAAGCGUUUUGUGUACUACCUGAUAACAAAGGAAAAGUACAGCAACAAGCCCACCUAUGACAGCCUGAGGCAGAGCCUUGAGGACAUGAAGUCUCAUUGCUUGAAAAACGGAGUAACUGCAAUAUCAAUGCCUCGCAUUGGCUGUGGCCUUGAUCGACUGAGCUGGGACAAAGUGGAAAAGAUGCUUGAGAAGGUAUUCCAGCCCACAAGUAUCAGUAUCACUGUGUACACCCUCCCUGUAAAACCCACAGGGAAACCAAGUCCACGGGGCAACCAAGUUUCCAAUUAUGUUUUCUGUAAAACAAAAUUACGUUAAACUCACAGACAAUAUAUCAGCAUACUGGUAUGCAUCUGUACAAAGUUUGCCCAAGGCUGUACUUUUGAAAGAGAAUAAACACACUUUUCCUUGAAAUCAUACCCCCUCAUCUCUACUUUACCCCUGUUUAAUUGUUCUCUGAAAUUACAUGUUCAUAUUUUGCACUUUAAUUACUGUCCUAUAUAGUAGCAAUAUCAUAUUCAUUGGAAUUCUCUCCACCAGAAGGGGGCACCAAUGAUUGUUUUCUCUUGUUCUGUACUGCUUUUUGUCAUAUGCUGAUUUUAAAUACCCUGUAAUGUUGAUUUUUUUUUGUAACCCUGUAAGUACCUUACACGAGCAUGAAUAAUAAAAAGUAAAUUGUGAUUUUAAUUUCAAAAGAUAAUAAAAUCUGUUUUACACCUUUCA